AUUUAAACACUAUGACAUAAAUCACUUUGACUACUUCCAAAGACAAAAUGGGACUAACAUUUUCUCAUUUUCUUUUACGUAUUUUUCAAAAACGACAUUUGCGCAUUCUGAUGGUUGGUCUGGACGGAGCUGGCAAAACUACGAUACUCUACAAAUUGAAACUGGGAGAAGUUGUGUCAACUAUACCAACGAUUGGUUUUAAUGUCGAAACAGUAGAAUAUAAAAACAUCUGUUUCACAGUUUGGGAUAUUGGUGGGCAAGACAAAAUUAGAGUACUGUGGCGUCACUAUUAUCAAAACACAAAUGGCAUAAUUUUUGUCAUUGAUUCGACUGAUAGAGACCGAAUUGAAGAGUCAGGAAAAGAGUUGGCGGGUUUGCUUCAAGAAGACGAUUUACGAAACGCGGUAUUACUAAUAAUUGCUAACAAAAGAGACUUGCCAAAUGCAAUGAGCAUAUGUGAAAUAAGGGAAAAACUUAAUUUGGAUCGUUUAACUCAAAGAAGGACUUGGCACAUUCAGCCAACUUGCGCAAUACAAGGUAGCGGCCUCUAUGAAGGGCUUGAGUGGUUAUCAGAAGAACUGAAACGGAAAUAAAUGUUAGACUGUACCUAAAUAAGAUAUCAAAUGAGAACUGUGUCUAUUUAUUAAAAAUUAAGGUAGCUGUGCAGUGGUUAGCUUCUAUAAUAAUAGUGCAAAUCAUCUAAAGAAUAUUACUCAUUUCAAAAGAACAAGAACAGUGACAACAGUAUACAGCAAGAAUAAGGCAAUCGCUUUGGUAUUACAAUUAGUCCUCCAUCUCCACAUUUACUUCCAGAAUCGAUGAUAAAGCUUUAAUCCCUUGUUACUC